CAACAUAAGAAGAAGAUAGAAAAAGGGGAGAGAAAAUUAGAAGGAGGAAGAAAAUGGGAUGUGGAAAUUUGUUCUUCACAAUUCUGAUAAGUUUCUCAGUGGCUCUGAUAACUUACAACAUCAUAAUUUCAGCCAAUGCCCCUUUGAAGCAAGAGUUCCCAGGUCCUUCUCGUCCUUCAAUUUCUGUGGAUCCUGUGAUUAAGAUGCCACUUCAUAGAUCUUCUUCUUCUUCCAAGAGGCUGUUCCACACUGCUGUCACGGCCUCUGACUCCGUUUACAACACUUGGCAGUGUAGGAUCAUGUACUACUGGUUCAAAAAGUUCAAGGAUGAACCUGAAUCUGGAAUGGGUGGAUUCACACGGAUCCUCCAUUCUGGGAAACCUGAUCAGUUCAUGGAUGAGAUCCCCACCUUUGUUGCACAGCCUUUACCUGCUGGAAUGGAUCAGGGUUACAUAGUCCUUAAUAGACCAUGGGCAUUUGUACAGUGGCUUCAACAAGCAGAUAUCAAAGAAGAUUACAUAUUGAUGUCAGAGCCAGAUCAUGUAAUUGUCAAACCUAUACCCAACUUAGCCAGAGAUGGGCUAGGAGCUGCGUUCCCUUUCUUUUACAUUGAACCUAAGAAGUAUGAGACAGUGCUACGGAAGUACUUCCCUGAGGAGAAUGGACCAAUAACCAAUAUAGAUCCAAUUGGAAAUUCACCUGUUAUUGUCGGCAAGGAAUCCCUUAAGAAGAUUGCUCCCACUUGGAUGAAUGUUUCCCUGGCGAUGAAGAAGGAUCCUGAAACUGAUAAAGCUUUUGGAUGGGUGCUUGAAAUGUAUGCUUAUGCUGUUGCAUCUGCUGUUCAUGGUGUUCGUAACAUAUUAUACAAGAACUUCAUGAUUCAGCCUCCAUGGGACAAAGAAAUUGGCAAGGCAUACAUAAUUCACUACACUUACGGGUGUGACUAUACAAUGAAGGGUGAGCUAACCUAUGGAAAGAUUGGAGAAUGGAGGUUUGAUAAAAGAUCUUAUGAUCAUGUUGCUCCCCCCAAAAAUCUGACAAUGCCACCACCUGGUGUUCCAGAAAGUGUGGUGACUCUUGUAAAAAUGGUGAAUGAAGCUACAGCAAAUAUUCCAAAUUGGUGGUCAUAGUAGCUCUAAAGGUUGUUACAGUCGUCGGAGAAUACCUUGGACCUAUGCUCAUUGACAUGGUUGUGCAACGUACAAAUCACUGUUUAUGUACUUGUGUAAUUCUUCCUAUAUAGAUUGUAUGAUAAACCUGAGGAUGUGUCACUGGUGCUUAAUAGAAUACGUUUCGUUCGUUCGCUCGCUGUUGUGUAAUUUGGGUUUUUAAUUGAAAUUUGCUUCAUAAUUUCAUUAAUUCAUGAAGUUUUCAAGGCGUCUGUAAA